AAAGGGAGGAGAAAGAGGGAGAGAGAAAAAGGAAGAACUUUUUCUGAAGACUUUUUCUUCCCCUCCUUUGGGUUUAAACAAACAUAUAGAAAGCGUAAACCAUUCAAAGCCUUAGAGGGCUAUUUGGACAGGAAAUGGAGAAGCGAUAAACUGAAAGAGGAAGAGAGAAAGAAAAGAGAAGGGAAAACAAAUACUCGGCAAGCUCUCAGGCCCUGUGCAAAUGACGGCAUUAAAAAUUAACACAGUGUGAAGCUCGGGGCCUGUUGACAAUAGGGAGCCACUUCUUCAACCAUGACGUCAGAGCUGGACUCUAGUUUGACCAGCAUCGACUGGCUUCCACAACUGGGAAUGAGCACUCUCCGCUCAGGGAAAGAGAGAGGAGAGAGAAAGAGAGAACGAGCAAAAGAGCGAGAUACACCUCCAUCCAUCCCUUCAUCCUCCCCUCCUCCAAAUUCCAAAGGGAAGCCACCGCACAGCUAUGCCACGCUGAUUGCAAUGGCAAUAAGCUCUGUGCCGGAAAGAAAGCUGAGCCUGAAUGACAUCUACACGUGGAUCAGUACUACGUUUCCUUACUAUAGCAGAGCUGGAGGAGGCUGGAAGAAUUCAAUUCGACAUAAUCUGUCCCUAAAUAAAUGCUUCCGGAAGGUUCCAAGACCGCAGAGUGACCCUGGAAAGGGUUCUUAUUGGACCAUGGAUGGAGCACCUGACCCGUCUCCUCCACCUAAAUGUGCUAAAAGACCGUAUUCGGCAGAGGAAGAGGAGGAGAUGCAGAUACCAGAAAGAACUCUGUCCACAGAAAACCAAAUGUGUUUCAGUCAAGCGGAGCCGCUUUCACUUCCACCAGACAUCAAAACCAAUCUGUCCCCACCUCCCUGCAAGCGUCCACCUCCUCCUAUAACCACAGCUGCUCCUGCCUCUCUGCCCUCUGUCGACCCACCACUUCGUUUCUCCUUCACUGAUCUUAACCUGCCGGACCUGUACAACUCAUUUCAGUCUCUCUGCCGCUCAAUGAAAGAGAAAGUCACCUCACAGUCGGAUGUUCCCAGUGUACUUGGAUUAACCGGCGAUUUUACACCAUUGCACACACCAACCCUCCCACCUCUGUCCCCCCACCCCUGCUCCAACGCUAACCCAAAUAUGCACUCACUUCCUAGCGCUAAUGCUUGCACCAACCCAACACUGAAUAUCAACCCUAGUUUCACUUCUACCCAAAACCCACAGACUAACUGUGAGGCUGAAAGAUUGCUACAUAACAACGUUGUUCCGGCAGAUUGGUUCAGUAAUGCCGAGUCUUUAAGAGAGAGCUUUAGGAUUGCUUCCAGUUUGGACUGGGCUAACAUAGAUCUCACCAAUCACCCUGACCUGAUAGAAAGCAUGCGUCAGGCAGAACUCUGUGACUGGGCGCUGGAUCCUGCACUCUUCACCUCGCUUUGUGAUUCACUCAACCGCUUCUUCACACAUAAGGGUCUUAUUGGCUCAUCAAACGGCGGCCCUGCUUCAAUGAGCCAAUUAGCUUCACCUCCUACCAACAUGCAACAAGCCACUGGCCCGACUCUAGCUAGUUUAACUCAUCCGUCCCCGCUGAGCUUCCCCUCCCAGCUGCACCCGUGUAGUGGUGGAUUACCUGUUCAGACCCACAGGAAAACUCUGACUCCUCAGAACCAAAGCCAGAAUCAGCAGAGGAACCCUGAAACACAUCCAGCUGUUAGCCAGGCUCUGCCUUCCAAUGCUAUUCAAACACAACCGCUGACGCCUCGAAGUCGACCCCCGUUGAAGCACCUGCACAGCAACAGCGAAGAGAUCCAGGACGAUUUCGACUGGGAUUCACUGAUAGUAUAAAAUGAGUAGUGGUGUUGCCUCACAGCAAGAAAGGCCAGGGUCCUGUCUGUUUGGAGUCUGCAUGUUAUCCCCGUGUCAACGUGGGUUGCCUUUGGGUGCUCCGGUUGCCAGUUGGAGCUAUUAGAAAAGUGUGUGUACCCCGCGAUGGACUGAUGACCUGUCUGAAGUGUUUCACCCAAUGAAUCAGACCCACCACAAGCCUGACCAGAAUAAAACAGACAAUUAAUGAAUGAUUUUUGUCAAAGGGGGUUAAAUCCUCAACAGGGCUUUAGUUACCAGCACCAAAAGUAACACUCUGCUUUGAUAGCACAGAUACAGUUUUGCAAAGAAAUGUCUACUUGCUAUUUUGUAGUUAUUUAUCUAAGAUUAUAUACAGUAUAUAUAUAUAUAUAUAAAUAUAAAUAUAUAUAUAUAUAGAUAUAGAUAUAUAGUGAUUGCACUUAAUGGUUUUAUGCAUGCAAAUGCUUUGUAGGUCAAGCUCAGUGAGUGUAUAAUGACCUGUUAUGUAUGGGGUGAUGGGCUCUUUAAGUGUACAACUAAACGUUUCAAUUCCUCAUUAUUUCUGCUAGAAUCUCAUUUGCAAAUAUUGACUUACUGAAACUAAACUGUUACAGGUAGAACUUGCUAAAUGUUUUACUUUAGUUAUGUAAAUGUACUUUGGUUAAAAGGCAUCAUGAUAUUUUAUGCUUUCACCCCAAAAUAAAAGCACAAAUGA